UAUGAUUAGUCAAAUAACAAAUUCGCACACAUACGCUUACAUAAAAAUAGUCAGAGUUGAUAAGCGAAAAAUUUACAAGAUCAAAACGUGACCUAAGAAGAAUGGAUAGGUUAAGUCAUAUCAGUCAGGUAGUAACCAACACUUCAUUAGUACACACAACCGACAGGUCAAUUUAAUACAAUUACAGGAACCGGACUAGGAUGGCUGAGCCUCCAACUAAGGUGAAGAUAUUGGAAACUCCUGAAGAUAUUCGUGAACGUCGUGAGCAAGUUUUGUCUCGCUAUUCUGCAUUUAAAGAGGCAACGCAGUAUCGUCGUCAUAAGUUAGAGGAAGCUAAGAGGUACCAGUAUUUUAAGCGUGAUGCUGAUGAACUUGAGAGCUGGAUUAAUGAAAAGUUGCAGACUUAUGCAAAUGAGGAUUUCAAGGAACUGAGUAACCUCCAGGCCAAAAAACAAAAGCAUCAGGCUUUUGAGCUCGAAGUCACAGCUCACUCCGAGACACUAUCAGCCUUAGAUUCUUCAGGUGAAGAGAUGAUAGGGCAAGGACAUUAUGCUUCUGAGAUUAUUAAGAACCGGCUCGAUGAGUUGCACGCUCUUUGGGAAAGGUUGAUGGCCAUGUUCAGAGAAAAAUCGCGUCUCAUUAACCUGACUCUUAAGUUCGUUCAGUUCUUACGUCAGGUCGAUGAGAUACUUUUCUGGACACGUGAGAAGGAGACUUACGUAACUUCUGAAGAUUUCGGUCAGGAUUUAGAGCACGUUGAGGCACUACAGAAGAAAUUUGACGAGUUUAUGAAGGACCUUGAGUAUCAGGAAAGUCGUGCAGAAGACAUUUACCACAAAGCAGAUGAACUUUUGAAAGAGGAAUUUCCUGAAGACACCUUGGUAAUAGAAAAGUCACGUGAGGUUCGUGAAGCGCUAGAACGUUUAAAAAAUCUGGCUAAGAUGCGCCAAGAUAAACUUCUUGAAGCCUACGAAAUACAACGUUUCUUCCGGGAUACAGAUAAAGCCAUAUCGUGGGUAAAUGAAAAGUCUAUUCCUCUAUCUAUUGAAGACUGUGGUCGUGACUUGGCUUCAGUACAAGCACUGCAAAGGAAACAUGACGCUUUGGAGAGGGAUCUAGCUGCUUUGGAUGAAAAGAUUGGUCAACUAGGAGAUGAUGCUUUGGCUCUUGCACAGAAACAUCCAGACUCUAAAGACACAAUUCAGGGUAAAUAUGAAGCUUUAAUUGCUGCUUGGGAGAAACUUAAGAAUCAAUUUGUGGAUAGAAAAAGUAAACUGGAAGAGUCUUUCAAGAUGCAGCGUUUUCUCGCCGAUUGGAAAGACCUUAGUAUAUGGAUGACAGACAUGAAAGGGUUGAUCUCUGCUGAUGAUCUAGCAAAGGAUGUCGCUGGUGCUGAGGCCCAAGUAGAACGCCAUAAGGAAUAUACUGCGGAAAUUAACUCGCGAAACGAUAGUUUCGACACGUGCAUGUUAGAGGGUCAAGCACUGAUCAGUGUUGGCCAUCCAUCUAGCGGGGAAAUCGCUGCAAAGCUUUCCAAUUUGGAAAGAGAAAAAGCUGCCCUUCUGGAACUAUGUGAAGAGAGACGCGAGCAACUAGAACAAUGUAUGGGUCUUCAGUAUUUCUAUCGAGAUGCAGAACAGUCAGAGUCUUGGAUCGGAAAACAAGAAGCACUUUUGGAAAUCAAGGAUGUUGGCGAUUCUCUCGAUUCCGUUGAGGCACUUAUUAGAAAGCACGAAGAUUUUGAGAAGUCGUUGUUAGCUCAAGAGGAAAAGAUGCAUCAUUUUGAUGAGUUGGCAAAGAAACUUAUAGAAACGAAUCACUACGCUGCUGCACAGGUCACAGAGUUGCAGCAUUCUUUGGAAGAUAGACGAAGAGCCUUAAAGGAUAAAGCUAAGAGGCGCCGUCAGCGUCUUGAAGAUUCUCACCGUUAUCAGAUGUUUGAUCGUGACGCCGAUGAAAUGCAAUCUUGGAUAUCGGAAAAACUAAAAAAUGCACUUGAUGAAAGCUAUAAAGACUCAACUAAUUUACAGACAAAAGUUCAAAAACAUCAGAACUUCGAAGCUGAGAUACAAGCUAACCAGUCUCGUGUUGAAGAUAUUAAGAAAACAGGUCAAGAUUUGUUAAACGCAAAUCACUGCAAUUCAGCUGAAAUAAAACUAAAAAUCGACCAGUUGGAUGAGACUUGGUCUUAUCUUAUAAAUGCUAUGGCGAACAAGAAGAAAAAUUUAGAUCAAGCCAGUCGACAACAACAAUUCGUCCGCAAUGUUGAGGAUGUCGAGUUGUGGUUAGAUGAUGUUGAAGCCCAAAUUGCAUCAGAAGAUGUUGGCCGAGACCUUAACGGAGUAAUGAAUGCACAGAAGAGACUCAACUUACUAGAAUCUGAUGUUGCUGCCCAUCGUGAGCGCAUAGAAGCAUUUAAAGUCCAAGCUGACACAUUUGCUUCUGAGGGUCAUUUUGAUGCUCCCAUAAUCCAGGAGAAGCAGCGGCAGCUGUCCCAACGUUACUACGAUUUGCAGAAACCAUUAAAUCAACGCCGUGAAAAACUGUCAAAUGCUUACAAGUUGCACCAGUUCUUUAGGGAUGUUGAAGACGAGGAAGAUUGGAUUCGAGAGAAAGAUCCAGUCGCGGGCUCCACUAAUGUAGGUCGUGAUUUGAUUGGCGUGCAGAACUUGAUAAAAAAACAUCAAGCAAUAUAUGCGGAAAUAAAUGGUCACUCACCACGCAUUGAGGAGGUUGUUCAAGAAGGUCAGGCCAUGAUACGCGCCAACCAUUAUGGGGCUAAUGACAUUGAAAGACGUAUAACCGAUUUAACUACCGAUUGGUCCCAACUUUGUGAAAAGGCAGACCGUCGACGACAGCUGUUGGAAGAUUCAUUGCAGGCCCAACAGUACUUUGCUGAUGCAAGUGAAGCAGAAAGUUGGAUGCGAGAAAAAGAACCAUUGGUCGGUUCGUCCGAGUUUGGUCGGGAUGAAGACUCUACGGAAGCACUCUUGAAAAAACAUAACGCUCUCCUUGCCGAUAUUGAGGCAUAUGGUUCAACCAUUGAAGCUCUCGGCAUUCAAGCUAGUAGUUGCCGGAUGCAGGAAGCCCCAGUAAGUGAUCUACUCGGCAAAGAUGUAGUUAUUGCUUUAUAUGACUACCAAGAAAAGUCUCCUAGGGAAGUUUCGAUGCGGAAAGGAGAGAUCUUAACCUUGCUAGCCAGUAACCACAAAGACUGGUGGAAAGUGGAAGUGAAUGAUCGCCAAGGAUUUGUUCCUGCAGCGUAUGUCAAGAAAGUUGAGGCUCCUGUUUCUGACACUCAAGCUGGUUUAGCAGCCAAGCCACUUACUGUAGCGUCGCAGCAGCAACGUUUGGAGGAGCAAUAUAAUUAUCUUCUUCAGCUGGGUCGUGAUCGUCGAGAGAGGUUACAGGAUUCCGUCGAAGCCUACCAACUAGUUAGAGAGGCUAACGAUUUACAUCAAUGGGUAGUUGAGAAAGAACUAGUUGCUGUCACGGAGACCAUCGUCCCUGGAAGACUAGAGGAAGUAGAGUCAGAGAAAAAGAAGGUAGAUGAGUUUGUUAUGGAACAAAAGGAAAGAGAAGCUAGAGUAACAGAAUUGUGUGCCAAGGCAGAUAAACUCAAGCGAGGUGGCCAGACUGAAGCUGUUGAGAAGAUAGAAGGUAUUAUCAUGCAACUCCAAAAGAAGUAUGAACAGUUAGAAGAAGUCACUGCCAAAAAGGCUAAAGAAUUAGAAGAUAUUGAUGCCGUUCAACGCUAUCACAGAGAAUGUGAUGAAGCGAAAGAAUGGAUUGAAGAGAAGGAGAAUAGAUUACUAACAGAUGAUGUAGGUAAUGACUUCACAUCUGUUCAGCGUCUUAUACGUAAACAUGAUGCAUUAGAAAGGGACCUGGUAGCUUUGGGAGAAAGGGUUAAACAAUUAGAUUCAAAAGCUGCUGACUUGAUACAGAUCCAUCCUCAGGAUGCAGAAGCUAUAUGUACACAUCAAGAAGAAAUCAACCAUUUGUGGGAUAGUCUAGCUGCAACUGCUGAAAAACGAAAAGCCAAACUUUUAGAUUCCUUAGAUCUCCAAAAGUUCCUCGCUGAUGCAAGGGAUCUCCAGUCUUGGAUUAGUACAAUGAAUGGUUUGGUAUCGUCAAAGCAAGUGGGCACAUAUGUUACAAGUGCAGAAUCGUUGUUAGAUAGUCACCGUGAAUACCGCACGGAAAUCGAUACUCGUGCUCCAGCUUUUCAAAACUUCGAAUCCUUCGGUAAGGAGUUACUUGAUAAUGGACAUUAUGCUUCGGAGGUCGUACGGCAAAAACUCCAAGAAAUCACAGAAGCAAGAGAAGCUCUUAAUGUAGCCUGGCUAAAUCGGCACAAACUAUUAGAACAAAAUCUAGAAGAACAGCUAUUUUUGCGUGACUGUGAACAAGCUGAGGAUUGGAUGGCUAUUCGCGAAGCAUCUUUAGCUGGUGAUGAUGUUGAUGGGAAUAAAGUUGAUGCAUUAAUAAAGAAACAUGAAGAUUUUAACCGUGCAAUCACCCUACAGGAGGUUAAGAUACAGUCUUUGAUGGCGAAUGCUGAUAAACUUCUGGAAGCUGAUCAUUAUGAUGCAAAUGCAAUUGAAGCUAAGCGUGGUGAGGUUUUAAAUCGUUGGACUCACUUAAAAAAUGCUAUGAUUGAUAAUCGUAGCAGGCUAGGAGACGUUCAAACGCUUCAGGCCUUCAUUCGAGAUGCUGAUGAGAUGGAGCUAUGGAUAAACGAAAAAAUGCAAUUUACAAUGGACGAACCUUAUAAAGAUCCUACCACAAAUAUUCAGGCUAAACAUCAGAAACAUCAAGCUUUUGAAGCAGAGCUCGCUGCCAACGCAGAACGUCUCCAAGGCAUUUUGGCAGCUGGACAACGUUUAAAGCAGAAGAAUCAAUGUAUGGGGCAGGAAAGUGCCGUUGAAGAACGUAUCGCCAAACUCGCUAACCAGUGGGAUAAUCUUGUCAAUCGAUCUCAUGAAAAAUCCGAAAAGUUACAGGAGGCCAAUCGUCAAGCUGCAUAUAAUGCUGGUAUUAAAGACAUUGAAUUUUGGUUAGGUGAAAUGGAAACAUCACUCGUUAGUCCCGAUCAUGGAAGAGAUUCAGCAUCUGUUGACAGUCUUCUGUCAAAACACCAAGUACUUGUUACUGAUAUUCGAGCCCAUGAAGAUCGUAUUAAGGAAUUAGAUGCACGCGCAGAUGAGUUUAUUAGGUCCGGUGCUUGGGAUGCUGAUAUGGUCCGUGAGCGCAAAAAAAUGAUUAAUGAACGAUAUGAAAAGAUUCUGGAUAUGUCAGAAAAUCGCGCUGUAACGCUUGGCAAGGCUAAGCGUUUGCAUGAUUUUUAUCGCAAUAUUGACGAUGAAGAGGCUUGGAUCCGUGAAAAAAAGAUUUUGGUUAGUUCAGAGGAUUAUGGACGUGAUCUUAUUGGAGUACGCAACCUACGCAAAAAGCAUGAACGAAUUGAAAAUGAGGUAGCAGCUCAUGAUCCAUUCAUCAAACAAGUUAUUGCACAAGGAGAGGAACUUACUGUUGGUGUUCAACUUGCUGAUCCUGAGGAAAUAAAAAAAAGAAUUCAGCGUCUCCAAACCGCGUGGGAAGAAUUGCAAGGUCUUACAGCACUUCGACGACAGAAAUUAGAAGAGUCAUUGGCAUAUCAAGACUUUAUUGAUGGAGUAGAAGAAGAGGAGGCUUGGAUUCUCGAGAAACAACAUUUACUUAGUAGUGAGGAUUAUGGCGAUACUCUUGCUGCUGUGCAAGGCCUUUUAAAAAAGCACGAUGCCUUUGAAACAGAUCUUAAUAUACAUAAUGAAAAGUGUAAAGAACUUUGUUUAACUGGAUCUGAUUUGGUGCAAUCUGAGAAUCAUAAUCGUUUGUCUAUUCAGCAGCGAUGUGAAGGAUUGAUGGAAAAAUUGAAUGCACUCAAUCAGGCUGCCCAACGUCGCAAAACAAAUCUUACUGACAACUCAGCAUUUUUACAGUUUAUGUGGAGAACGGAUGUCGUUGAAUCUUGGAUAGCUGAUAGGGAAACGCAAGUACGUAGUGAUGAUUACGGGCGAGAUUUAAGCAGUGUUCAAAUUUUGCUGACGAAACACGCAACUUUUGACACAGCGUUGGAAUCUUUCCACACAGAAGGAAUUCAAACAAUUACUGAACUUCACGAUCGCCUUAUCGCAGCAGAGCACAAUCAGAGUCCAGCCAUUAAGCAACGUUUCACCUCGCUAAUGGAUCGUUGGGAACGUCUACGUCGUGAAUCUGCCCGUCGCAAAGCUGAUCUCAUUCAGCUACAAGAACAAUAUCGAAAGGUUGAAGAACUUUAUUUGGCGUUCGCUAAGCGGGCAUCAACCUUCAACUCGUGGUUCGAAAAUGCUGAGGAGGACUUAACUGACCCCGUGCGUUGUAAUUCCUUGGAUGAAGUUCAUGCACUUUGUGAAGCUCAAGAGCAGUUCAAAGCAUCUCUCAAAGCUGCAGAGUCUGAUUUUCAACAAUUAGCUCAAUUAGAUCGCGAAAUCAAAAGCUAUGGCGUUGGCAUGAAUCCGUACACUUGGUUUACAAUGGAGUCACUUGUGGAAACUUGGCGUAACUUACAGAAAAUCAUUUUAGAGAGAGAUGCUGAACUUCGACGUGAAACGGUUCGACAAGAGCAGAAUGACCAGCUUCGUCAACAAUUUGCAGUAGCAGCUAAUUCUUUCCAUCAAUGGCUACAGAAAGUUCGAACAUCGAUGAUGGAAGCCAGUGGAACUCUAGAAGAACAGUUAGAAGGUAUUCGGGAAAAAUCUUCAGAAGUUAGAGCCCGCAAAAACGAUUUGCGAGAGGUUGAAAAAUUGGGUACUUUGCUGGAAGAACAUCUCAUUCUGGAUAAUCGAUACACGGAACAUAGUACUGUCGGUCUAAGUCAAGCUUGGGACCAGUUAGAUCAACUUGCGAUGCGUAUGCAACACAAUUUAGAACAACAAAUCCAGGCUAGAAAUGUUAGUGGAGUAAGCGAAGAGGCACUUCGCGAGUUCUCUAUGAUGUUCAAACAUUUCGAUAAAGAUAAAUCUGGGCGUUUGGAUCAUCGCGAAUUUAAAUCAUGUUUACGUGCACUUGGCCAUGAUUUGCACGAGGUUGGAGAAGGUCAAGUAGAUGCUGAGUUCGAAUCUAUAUUAAACGUGGUGGAUCCUAAUCGUGACGGUUACAUAACGCUUCAAGAGUUUAUGGCAUUCAUGAUAAGUAAAGAAACUGAAAAUGUUCAGUCUCGUGACGAAGUCGAAGAAGCCUUCCGUGCAUUAACUAAAGAAGGAAAAGAAUACAUCACCAAAGAAGAGCUAUAUGCGAACUUAUCCAAAGAGCAGGCGGAAUAUUGCAGUCGAGUCAUGCCUCCAUACUACACUAAAAGUGGUCAGGCAAUUUUGGAUGCCUACGACUACCAAGCCUUUACGAGACAACUUUUUGUGAGCUAGUUACAACAAGCUGAUUUUAGUUGGUUUCUGCGCUUUCGUUAUAUAAUUUUCUUGGUUUCAUUUUCGCUUACUCAUUCGCUCAGUUUCGCCUAAGUUGCAACUGUUUCUGGUUUUAAUUUCAUUACUGAUUUCAUGUUGUGGCGUACUUUUUGUAGCUUCCUGAAAUCCAAAAUCAUAUUUAAUGCACUUUCAUAUUGUUGUGAAAUGUUGGAUUUAGUUUCAAUUUUAAAGUCUUGUGAUCAAAAUCUGUUUUCUGGUUGGUUACCAGUUGCACCUACAUUUAAUUUUCAGUUUUUGCAAUAAAUUAAUAGAUCAUAAUUCCAUUUAUAUUUUUCUUUUUCCGGCUCAUUAAAGUAUGAACAGAUAUAAGGCUUCAAAACAGUUUUCCUUAAGCCGUAGUUGUCUGUCAUGUUUUACUAAUAGGAAAAUGCACUUUUAGUACACCGUAUUACACAUUAUGAAUCAGACCUUCGUUUUCCACCAUUUUACCUCUGUUAUUGAACAAAUAACACACUACUUUUUCUGUGAAUGAUUGCCGUUAUAAAUUUAGUCGUAUAUGGAAUAUUAGUAUCAUACAAAGAAAUCAUCUAAUGAAGUAGUUUAUUGUAACUUAAUUUUUUUAUUACUUAAUGAGAAAUUAAUAACAACUCAGCGAAGAAAAUUUCUCUCGACAAUAUCAUUUCCUCGAUCUGUACAGUCGUAAUUCAGCUGAAGUCUGUCGAAAAAGAGUAGGAGAAUUACGUAAUUUCAAGUGUCAAACGAGUUUUGUGCAACGGUCAGCAAGUUAGAGAAUAAUGAUAAGAUGUAUUCGUGUAUAUCAAUCAGUCGAUCACAGCUGAACGCCUGAUGAACAGCAGAAACUGAGAUAGUAUUGCUGAAGGUCCAUACCGAAUUAAGACAACAGAGAUCAGUGUGUCUUUUAGAUUCAUAUCUCAGACCACAGUUCCAUAUGAAAGUCAAUCAGCUACAACGCAGGACCAGGGAUCGAUCUAAGUCGUCAUACCUAAUUAGCCAAAAAAACACUGCGUCCAGAAUUGCAAGCAGACAUAAAAUGGAUGAAUGGCGACUGGAAGAAUUGUCCAAAACAAUGCUGGUGGGCGGCCUAUGCUCCUCCACGAGGGGCAGCAGGCGUAAGUAAGUAGGUAAUUAGCAUAAGAAAAUAAACACCAUAACCAUAGAAGCAGUUACUUCAAUGGUGGUAAUAUAAACAAAAGAAAGACUGCAUAAAAAGAUAUGAUGCAGCGAGAAACAAUUAGCUCAUAGGAAUGAAGGUGUAUAUAUAAUUUUAAUCUCACUAUUCAAGGGAAGACAGAGAGUGUAUACAAAUACGCCAUUGUGAUCGAUUCUGAGCCAUGUCACCCAGAGUCUCCAACCAUUGGUUAUUGCUUAUAAUUGUAAAAUGAGGAGCGACUGGAAAAACAAACUGACUGUUACCUUUUAUAGAACACUGAAAUACAGUAUCCUUUUUAUUAGUAAGCCAAAUACGGUAUCAGUCAGUCAGCUACAACGUAGGACCAGGUACAUAUGUGCAUCGGUCCAAGUUGCCAUACCUCAUUAGCACAACAAGAUGGACACCGGAUUCAUAGAAGUAGUGGUGGUAAUAUAUAAAAGAAAGAUUGCAUAUAAGGACGGUACAUGAAGUUAGUUCGUAGAAAGAAAGAUAUAAAGCGAUUUUAAUCUCAGUUUAGGGGAAGACAGAGUGUACACACAUACGCCAUUGUGAUCGAUUCUGAGUCAUGUCACCCAGUCUCCAACCAUUGGUUACGAGUCACGCAGACCCAACCAAGUAGUCUGCAUCUACCAACAUGACUCAGACUAGAAGUUAGUGACUUCAAACACUGAUGCCACGUUUUGGUUUGGCCACCUUUAACUUCCUUCCAACCAUCCCGAACACCGGUUAGCAUUGAACGUCGUGGUAAUCGGUGUUCAGGCAUACGUAACACGUGACCCAACCAUCUCAGUCGAUGAAGAUGCAUAACCUCAUUAACUGAUUUACCAUCAUUCCCUAAUACCCUGCGUCUAACCUCACUAUUGCUUACCCGGUGAUCCCAGCAGAUGCGAGCAAUAUUUCCAAGGCAUCUGUGAUCAAGUACUAGUAACUUACGAAUACCUUCUACUCCUUAUGGGUACGUUUCGCAGCCGUAAAGUAAAACAGAACGAACUGCUGUGCAUUAUACUCGUCUCUUAAUUGAUAGACGGAUAUCUCGCCUUUUCCAUAGGUGACGUAAGUUGGCAAAAGCCAAGCGAGCUUUUCGAAUCCGUGCUGAGAUUUCGUCAGACACCAACCCAUUGGCGCUGAUCAGACAUCCAAGAUAAGUGAAGUUGUCAACGCGUUCGACUGCUUCAUUCCCUAUCGUUAGUUCAGGUGUUGACGCAGGUGAGUCUUGAAGAAUCGCAUUCCAAACAUUCUGGCAUUGUUGCUCAGUGCUACCAAAAGACUGCAUUCUAUCAGCGUCUUCGCCAAACAGGACUAUGUCAUGUCGGUCGAUCAAUUACGGUAUGCCAUUGGAUUUCACGAGAAAUGUGUACGGAGGAAUUACUUCAGAGAAUUAGAGAUUUAUAUUCAAUUAUCAGUCUGAGUGACAUUAGGAAAGUAACUAUUUUUUCUUCCGAUCACUAACCGCGAAACGUUUUGAAGAUUCUAGAGCGUUGGAAACACACUUUAACCUGCUGACUACUAGAUCUUUUCUGACAUCCAGGGAGCCAGUUUUGAUCUUCAGAUGGAAAUAAUAGACCUGUAAACUGACAAUCUCGGUGAGCGCUGUAACAUUGCAUUUAGAGGGAGAGAAGCGCAUUCCACACUAUUAUAUCCUAGUGAAAUUUGAAUUACGUUUAACGUCUAAGACCUAUUAACGGACUUAUAUUGUUUAGAUUCCCUUAUAGUAUAACUAUUCAGUAGGUAGAUUUUAUAUAUCUAUAUUCCCCUUGUUAUAAGCUUUAUUUGACCUAUAAUUUAUUAUUGUACGAUUUACUAUUCUUAAGCUAUGUUCAGUUUAUUGACUACUGCCUCCCACGUUCACAGCCACUUUUUGGCUUCAUUGUGUACGAAUGUUAUUUUCUAUUUUAUGCUGCGUUGUGGUCCGUUUGUUUGGCAUAUAAACCCAGUGUGUCUGAAAUAAAUGAUUCGCAUAGUGGAGGCUGUUAUUGGCAUUCUGGACUCAGCUGGACGGGCUAGGUAAGCAACGGACCAAUGGGACGCUAGGCUGAUCAGACCGGUCGAACGUGAUUGGUUUAGUUCAGUAUAAGAGCGAAUAAAUCGUAUUUUGAUUGGCGAAUAGAUUACGUGAUGACAAGCGGCU